UCGCAGAGCUCCUUCCCACAAUCUAAACUCCUCAUCUCCAGCUAGCGACGCACUCGGUAAUUCCCUCUUUCAUUCAUCAGUUUUUCCUUUCCAUUUUCUUUCCGCAGUUGCGCUAACUCUCUUCGAUCCCCAUUCACUUGGAAUCCGCGAAGUUGAAUGCACGAAGAACCUUCGAAACCUUUUCAAUUUAUCGGCGACAUAAGGAUGAAGCUUUUGCAGUUUUUUCCGUUUCAGAUUCCAGUUUUUCCAAUGCUCGUUUGUGUUUUGCAUUGUGGAUUUUUAAAAUGUAUAAGGGAGAGCAUCAGGUUUGCAGGGACUAUCUGUCUGGUUGAUAUCUUUGAUACAAUUUGAAGGAAACAUGGCUCUCCGAAAAUAUGUUCCUUCCACUGAUUCACCUUCUGUUAAAAUGAAACCUUUAAGUUUUACAAUUAAGGUGCGUGAGAAUGCUCAACUUGCAGAUCCAGGGACAAGUCAGUCUGUGGAGGCUGCUGUGGAUGUUGACCCCAGAGAAGUUUAUUUUUUGAUUAUGCAUUUCCUAUCAAAUGGUCCAUGUCAAAGGACAUUUGAACAGUUACAGAAUGAAAUUCUUGAACAUCAACUUCUACCUAGAAGAUACCAUUCAUGGUAUUCUAGGAAAGGAGCCCAUAGUGGGGACGAAAAUGAUGAUGGCAUGUCCUUCCCAUUGAAUCAUGAUCAGCUGGUUGAAAGGAAUCCUCACAUUGAAAAGGAUCACAUAGUAAAGCUUCUGAGGCAAUUGAUAUUGAGUACAGUCUCGCCAUCACAAGACAUAAAUGGCAGACAUUUUCCAAAUGCAGCAGAUGUUCCUACCCUGCUGGGGAGGGGUUCAUUCUCACUUCUGAGCUGUAGUGAAGUUAAAAUUGUUUGGCUUGUUUGUUCUGGUUCUCUUCCCUCUUCAGAUGAUAGCUAUAAAGGAGCAAAAGAAGUCAAACAUCCUCCUGCUCACAUGCAUUGGCCACAUGUCCAUGCUGAUCAGCCAUCAACCAUGGUGCAGAAGAUGCAGAAUAUCAAGAGACUCCGGGGACACCGCAAUGUUGUGUACUGUGCAAUAUUUGAUCGAUCAGGGAGGUAUGUUAUUACUGGUUCGGAUGAUCGCCUUGUAAAAAUUUGGUCUAUGGAGACUGCAUAUUGCUUGGCCAGCUGUCGUGGACAUGAAGGUGACAUUACUGACUUGGCUGUGAGCUACAAUAAUGUUCUGGUAGCAUCCUCUUCAAAUGACUGUAUCAUCCAUGUUAUGGGCUGCCAAUUUCGGUUCUACGUGGACACACUGGAGCAGUUACUGCUAUUGCAUUUAGUCCCCGGCCUAGCUCUCUAUACCAGCUUCUAUCCUCAUCUGAUGAUGGAACAUGUAGGUUAUGGGAUGCUAGGAAUAUCCAAGUUCCUCCACAGAUAUAUGUUUCACGGCCCUCAGAUUCUGCAGCUGGAAGGAACAGUGGUCCAUCCUCAAGUAACAAUCAACGGAACCAUCAAAUUUUUUGCUGUGCAUUUAAUGCUAGUGGAACUGUCUUUGUCACUGGUGUGGAAUGCUUGUAGAUCCAAUUCAGAUGACCCUGAGAAACCCAAUCAUGAGAUAGACGUGUUAUCUGGCCAUGAGAAUGAUGUUAAUUACGUGCAAUUUAGUGGUUGUGCUACAGCAUCUAGAUUUUCAAUGAUAGACAUCUCAAAGGAAGAGAAUGUUCCAAAAUUUAGAAAUUCCUGGUUUGCUUUUGACAACAUAGUUACCUGUUCCCAUGAUGGCAGUGCAAUCAUAUGGAUUCCAAGAUCACACAAAUCACAUGGAAAAGUAGGCCGUUGGAUGCGAGCUUAUCAUCUUAAAGUUCCUCCCCCACCAAUGCCACCUCAACCUCCACGAGGGGGCCCACAUCAAAGAAUUCUUCCAACACCUCGUGGUGUUAAUAUGAUAAUCUGGAGCCUAGAUAAUCGCUUUGUCCUUGCUGCUAUAAUGGAUUGCAGAAUAUGUGUAUGGAAUGCUGCUGAUGGUAGCUUAGUUCAUUCUUUGGCUGGUCAUACUGAAUCUACAUAUGUAUUAGAUGGUCACCCUUUUAACCCUCGGAUAGCUAUGAGUGCUGGCUAUGAUGGAAGAACUAUAGUUUGGGAUAUAUGGGAAGGCAAGCCUAUUUGGAUAUAUGAAAUUUCACAUUUCAAGUUGGUUGAUGGGAAGUUUUCCUCGGAUGGAACAUCCAUUAUACUUUCAGAUGAUGUUGGCCAGUUGUACGUGUUAAACACAGGCCAGGGGGAGGCCCAACAGGAUGCCAAAUAUGAGCAGUUCUUUCUUGGUGAUUAUCACCCACUUAUCCAAGAUACUUAUGGAAAUGUAGUUGACCAGGAAACUCAGCUUGCUCCAUAUAGACGGAAUAUGCAAGACCUCCUCUGUGACUCAGGCAUGAUACCAUAUGAGGAACCCUAUCAAACCAUGUACCAGAAAAGACGGUUAGGUGCUUUGGGUAUAGAGUGGCAUCCUUCACCUUUAAAACUUACUGUUGGUCCAGACAUCACUCUAGACCAGGAAUUUCAAAUGCUACCAUUGGCAGACUGGGAUGGAAUGGUUGAUCCAUUGCCAGGGUUUAUAGACGUUAUGGAUUGGGAACCAGAAAUUGAAGUGCAAAGUGACAAUAAUGAUUCAGAGUAUAGUGUCACUGAAGAGUUCUCUGCUGGAGGGGAUAAAGGAAGUUUAAGUUCUUCCUCUGGUGAAUCAGGUGCAGUGCUGAAGACAGUGAGAUGGAGGAUAACAAUGAUGAUGUCUGUUGUACAUCAAAAAGGAAAAAAAGAAAGACUGAAAUUGAGAUCAUGACAUCUUCUGGGAGGCAUGUUAAAAGGAGAAAUUUGGAUGAAUCUGAUGGCAAUUCAUCCAGAAAUAAGCACACUAAGAAAAUCAGAAAUGGCCGAAAAGCUUCAAGAAAGAAGUCAUCAUCAA